AUGGGCGUCGUCAGCGCCUCAUUCUUAGGUUCCCUGACCGUGUACCAAACAGCACAGCUCCUUCUCGCAGCCUUCACCAUCAUCUACCUCAUCCGCUGGAGCUACACCGCAGUCUACAACCUCUACUUCCACCCACUCGCCGCUUUCCCCGGCCCAAGCCACUGGAUCAUCUUCCCCAUCCUCCGGCAAAUUGACAUCAUACGCGGCGUUCGCGAACACAAGACCCGACAAUGGCACGAACGCUACGGCGAAGUCGUCCGUUGCGGCUCGGACAUGUUAACCUUCACCCAUCCAGACGCCUGGAAGGACAUCUACGGCCACGGGCACGCCGAGCUGCCCAAGUUCCUGGGAACGAACCAGAAUGGAGUGGAGAGCAUCAUCAAUGCUCGCUCCGCGCAAACGCAUUUCCGGCAUCGAAGAGCGAUGCUGCCGGCGUUCAGCGACAAGGCCCUGGGCGAGCAGAUGGGGAUCAUGAAUCGUUAUAUCGACCUACUCAUGACGCGCAUCAGCGAAGCCGCUUCCGACAAAGAAGGCACGACCGACAUCGACCGCCUCUACAACUUCACAACCUUCGACUUAAUCGGCGACCUGGCCUUUGGCGAAGACAUGGGCGGCCUCUCCAAUGGAGAAUCCACCCCAUGGUUGAAACGCAUCAAGACCGUCAUCCGCAUGUUGCCCGUCGGUCUGCUCAUGUCGCAGUUCUUUCCAUUCCUUCAACCCCUCCUGCGCAGGACGCUUCGCAAGUCUGGGAAUGAGCACCGCGCUAUGGUUGAGGCGAUGGUGCGGAAGCGGAUUGGGAAUGCGGAGUUUGAGCACCGGGGCGAUUUUAUGGAUCAGAUGAUGCGGAACCGUGGGAAGGAAGGGGUCGAUUUGACUGAUGAGGAGCAUGCUGCGAACGCGGAUAUUAUGAUGAUUGCUGGAACGGAGACGACUGCUACAUUGCUGAGCUUCGCGACGUACAUGCUGCUGACGCACCCGGAGAAGUUGGACCGAGUGAGAGAGGAGGUCAGAGCAGCGUUUGAGAGUAGAGAGGAAAUGACGUUUGCGAGCGUGAGCAAGAGGCUGCCGUACUUGUUGGCGUGUCUGCAGGAGACAUUCAGGCUGUAUCCGCCGGUGCCGAUCAUUAUGUUUAGGGAGACCUUGGAGGGGCAAAUGACGAGUAUUGCUGGGCAUUUGGUUCCUGGGAAGAUCAAAGUCGGCGUUCCCCAACUCGCCGCGAACACCACCACCGCCAAUUUCCACGACCCUCACAGCUGGACGCCAGAACGAUGGCUUCCUUCCGCAACCACAGACCCCAAGUCAGUCUACUUCAACGAUCGCCGCGAAGCAGUCCGCCCCUUCUCCAUUGGUCCGCGCAACUGCAUCGGACAGAACCUCGCGUACCACGAGAUGCGGCUGAUUAUGGCAAGGCUGAUGUGGGAGUUUGACCUGGAGUUGGAUGGUAAGAGUGAGGGGUGGACGGAGGGGAUGAAGGUAAGGGUGUUUUGGGAUAAGGAGGGGUUGUGGGUCAGGGUGCGGGAGAGGGAGGGGAUGAAAGGAGAGCAGUGA